GAACACCAUUUAACUAAGAAAGAAGCUGCCAAGGAAGCUAAAGAAUUAUUAGAAGUAGUUCAAGAUAUGGAUAUUUCAGAUAAUGUUUUCUCUUUCGGAGAAUAUAAGAAAGAAGCUGCUGAAGAAGCUAUUAAAACUAAUGAUAAUAUUUAUGAAAUCGGCAAUAUUAAUAAAGCAAUUGAGACUAAUAAAACUG